AUGACAUAUCACGAUGCGAUGCCCCCGGGGCAGCCAUACGGCAUUUACCCUCAACAGAAUCAGAAUCAGCAACCGCAGCAGCAGCAGCAAGCUCAACAAGCCUUUCAGCCCGUUGCCGGGUAUCACCAUCAGCACCACCAGCAGCAAUACGUGAAUGGCUACCAGAAUGGGCACCCUCAGUAUCUUCAACAAUCUCAACAUAGUCAGCAACCACAGGUCCCGUACGCGCAGUCAGCCUAUCCCCAGGCGCAACCGACCUUUGAUUCCAAUAACCCGGUCAACCUGUCGAAUUAUAGCUCCAAGCCUACCACGUCGUUCGCUCAUACCCCGCAAACGACGACGGCGCCCGUUCAAUUCGUCGAUCCUUCCUUCCUCCAAAAGCAAUAUGUUCCGCCUGUACAAACAAAUCGUAUCCUUCCAGCACCUCAUUCGAUGACCUUGCCAAGUCCUCAGCUACCUCUGCCUCAAAUUUCGCGGCACAAUCAGCAAAUACCGCUGCAACAGAUUCAACAGACAACAAAUCAGCAUGACCAACAGCAGCGGCAAUACCAAAAGCAGCAGCAGCAGCAGCGAAACACACCGAAUCAACAUCACCAACAACAGGCACGGCAACAACCAUACUCUCAACCUUCACAACCCCAGAGCUCCCCGCAUGUACAGACACAACAGUUGCAUCAGCCGAUCUCUCGGCAGAACGGCCAUAGGCCAGAUGAGAGGCUCCUACAACCCCAAGCGACACCUGCUGAAAGGGCUACGCCACGCGGGUCAGGUCGGCCCCCUUCUGUCGCGAAAUCAUCUGCUUCGGCGCAAAGAACCGGCCAUGUCGAGACGCUGCCACUGUUGCUAUGCGUGGCCGAAGACUGCUUCGCCAAAGCACACGCUGCAGCCUCCAAAAUUGCGAGGUCAAUGUCAGAUAGUGAGGUCAAACAAUACCAUAAGAUGGUAGCGACAGGCCUGGGCUGUCUUGAAGUCGCCAUGAAUUCCAAUAAGCUGUGGCCGCGUCUCGAAGCUAGACUUUGUCUUAGAUACGCCAGUGUUCUCAUAGAGGAAACCACCAAUAUUAUGGAGGCCGAAACUGCUCUUACCAGGGGUAUUUUGGUCUGCGAAAAGCAUCGUUUCAUCGACCUCAAAUACUGCUCGCAGUUUCUCUUAAUGAAGACGCUUUUUCAACGCAAUCCAAGAGCAGCGUUCAAGUCACUUGAUACCCAUAUAAUGGAUGCUACUAUGUACAAACACGCACCAUGGGUCUAUGCAUUUCGCUUUCUGAAAGCCGCGUUUCAUAUUCAGUCAGGAACUGCUGCUGAUCACCAUGCGCUGGAAAACUUGCGCCGGAUGGCGUCGAUUGCGACAACAAGGGACGAGAAGGCUAUGUUUGUCAUGGUAAUGCUCCUGGAAGGACUGUCUCAUCUCAACACGAUGAAGGAUGACUGGAUCAACCGUGUUCAAAAUUGUAUUGCGCAGGCACAGAAACUGCAAUUUGAUGAUGCUGCUCACCUUCCUCAGCUCGACGUCCUUCUACUGUUGCUCGAUCUUGCUUGCAGCCUUCGGCAAAAGUCUCACAGAGAUGCUGCUCAAAAGCUGAGCGUCCUUCAGAGCAAGUUAGAGGAACUGCGCAACCUUCCAAGCUGGUCCUCAGUUUCGCAUGAGCUUCUUCUUCCCAUAAGACGCGUUGUUAACGACGCUGCUCCGACACUCAGCCGCGAUACAGAGGCCGUCCUCCGGCGUGGGGAUGGCGUCUUCGAUUACUUGGUGUUAUCAGCUCUGGGAAAACAAGGGUCGUUCGCAAUGGCGUACAUAUUCAACGGCAUAGUGGCACUUUACAAAUCUACUACCUUGGGAAGAAGCUCGACAAUCUGGACAGAAGCUGUGCGGUUGUUGGAAGACAAGAACUCGGGCUCGGGACCGAAGCCGCUCCCGGAUGCUCUCGCGCAUGCCCAGUGGGCAAAGGGUGUGAGCAACUAUGCUCAAGUCCUGGUUGGACUGCAAGCCGCCACUCUUUCGGACUGGCGGAAGGUGAAGGCGUGUCUCGAUGCGUUGGGUACGGCGCAACAGCCAGAAGGGUUCUUGGAUGUGCUGACUCUUUACUUGACCGGAGUCUUCAAACAAGGAACCUGCAAACUUGGGGAAGCACUUGUGAUCUGGAAAGACCCGAGGUUCGCAAUGGACCGGAGUGGACUACCGCAAAAUAACACGAGCCACAUCAUUUCGGAACUAUGCAUCCUAGCUGCGCUGAAUCGGAUCUGGAUCAUGCAAGCGCCAGCACAUCGUAGUGAUGGAGAAACCGCACAGCUCCUGGAUUUUCUACGGCCGCUCUGUGAGGAUAAUCCUGAUCUGGAUAUCAGGAUUACAUACAACCUGGUGCUCGCCUCCAUUACGCUGGAUCCGCCGCUGCCGAUCAACCAGGUCAAGCAGCACAUGAAGCUAUCGCUCAACGGCGCGCAAAACACCAGCAACACACAUUUCCUGUCGAUCGCGUUGAACAUUAUGCGUAACAAGCUCUUCGAAAAUGUCGUUGGAGAACAGGCGCUGAAAAGCGCAAGAGCAGGCACGGCACAGGCAAAGAAGAGCGGAAAUCUUUUGUGGAUGAGCGUGGCCGAGGGUAUGCUCGCACAGUCUCUCGAACAACAAGGGCUCAAGGAAGAGGCAGAAAAGACACGCGAAGACGGAACUCGGCUGGCCAACGAGGCCCGUCUUCGAACCCAGGUGGAAUAA